AUGGAGUGUGGAAGACUCAGAGCCUCUGGCUCAGUGGAUUUUAGCACUCCCCCACAGUUCACUUCCCUCCUGGACAACUCUGCUGCCCGUCACCGUAUGUCCCUCAAGCCUAAGAACCAAAGAGCCAUUGCCAAGAACAAGAGGGUGACCACUUUGGCUGGAAGCAGAGCACGAUCUGAGAGUUUAAACAAUCUGGAUCAAUCACUGACUACUACGGAGGAAGAGACUACUACGGAGGAAGAGACUCUUGUAAAAGAGAUACCUCGCGCUCGCUCGUAUUCCUCGCAGGUCUUACGGGGGGAGAGGCUAACAACUUUACAAAUCAACAGUCCAGUUUCAGUGACACCUUUAAUGUCUCUGCAUACUGCUGGAGAUUGUAGAAAAGUUUCUGCUGAACCUGAGCUUGAGAGAAACAUCCUGUCCACAUCACCUCCAAGCCCCAGCCUACGGGAAACGACUCCAGCUGUGUCACCAUUUGCCAAACUGCCAAUCCCAGUGGUGCCAAUUGACAAAAAGGGAAAAGGAGAAGUGAGUGAGAUGCUCAGUAGCUCCAAACUACUCAAGAACAGCCAAAGUACCACUGUGUUAACUGUAAGCCCAACUGUAAGACCAAGUGUAACUACCACACCAGAACUGAGUCCUGUGAAAGAUGAGAAGUCUAAUGCUGUGCCAAUAGAUACCAAGACGGACAAAUGCAGUGUUCAGAAUGCAGUAAAUAUUGAAAAUCACACAGCCUCUGCUCAUGGUCCAACCAAUGUGAUUUGUGGAAUAAAUCUGAGACCAUCAUCUUUGAGGAGAAAUAUACCUUCCACAGAUGAAAAACAAAAAAAAGAGUCCGGGACUGAAGCUCACACUCAAACAGAAUCCAUAAAGCGCCAGAGAACUGUGUCUGGAUCGUUCCACUUCAGUGUCUCCUCAGACAAGAAUCAAGAGCGGCAGAGGACUGCAAGUUUCACUGGAGUAUUUGGACAAGCUGGAUUAAAAAAAAAGCCUCCAUCUCCUGUCAAACCUCCUUUAAAUUUCAAGAUAGAGCGGCAAGUAAGUUCACAAGUUGAGAAAACAAUAAAAGACACAUGCCCUAACAUACCACCAACUUCAAAGAAGGAAGACAAAACGGACACUUCUCCAGUGAUGCCAACAAAGUUCACAGAUCUAGCAAAGAGUCACCCUCGGGCCUUGGAUGUGGAGGAGAGUCAGGACAACGAGAAGCAGGAGAUUGGGGUAGAGGAAGGAGUACAGGAGGUGGAGCUGGCAGAAGAGGCACGUGAGGAUGUGAUGGAAGAUGUGACUAUGGGAAAAGAGGAAGAUGCUUCAAAUGCAUUUGGAGUGAAGCUUCGCUCUACCUCUCUUUCACAAAAAUUUCACUUGGACAAAGCUCAAUCAGAAGAAGUAAAAUGCCACAGUGUUGAAGUUAGUGCACCGAUUUCCUCUUCGGCCUCUCAGUCUGAUUCAACCAGCUAUGUGGAGCCUGAAGACCAAUGCAUUGGCAUGGGGUCUACAAGAGUCCAUGCUAAACUCAAAGACCCUCCUCUCCAAACUGAUGCAUCCUCAACUUCAGUUCAUUCCUUCGGUUCGCCACCUAAGAGUUCCUGUAGGGACAAAGAGAGAGCUGGUGUCCUCAGACAGGCUGAACCUGCUCAGCCCUCAUCAUCAGCCAGCAAAUCCGCUAAGACUGUACCUUCACCAGCUAAAGAAGAUGCAGACUUGCCUCCAGAAGAGACUACAGUGGUAUCCUCUCAGGAGAAUACAACAUCUACAGCUUCAGAGGUGUCCUGGAUGGAGAUGGCCAGAGAGAAGACCAGAAGUCUCCAACAGCUCUUUACCAGUAGGCUGCCUGAGUUUCCUAGCUUGCAAUCACGACCAACAACCUUAACCACAACACAACCACAAACAUCCACUUCACAAGCCAAUCCAAGAAUCACACAAAACAUUUCAAGCCAGCCGACGACUACACAACCUCUUUUGAGACCUCCAGAAACAAAACCGUUGCCCUCUGCACAGCAAUCUGGAAGAUCUACACAAUCUACCACUCAGCUGAUACAAACUCAGACCAAAACAACAGCAAGCCAGCCUUCGGCAAAUUCAACUCAGACUACCACUAGUCAAUCUCAAACUGACAGUGCCAGAGAAGUCCAGUUUCAGUCCAAGACUCAAAUUUGUAAUUCGACAACAAAAUUAACCCAGUCUGAAGUUACAAGCACAUCGACUGCACAAACCACCAACGUAUACACAGCAAAACAGCCAUCACAAGCAUUGGCACCGCAGACACCACCCAUCCAGCCGUCAUCACCACUGCGAGCAGCAUCACAGACCCCCUCACAAGCUAUACUGCGUCACACACCACCCCCAAGUUACCCACAUCUGUCAUCAAGCCCAAAGUUAACGUCCCACCUAGUGUCCCAACAGUCUGCCAAUACUGUCUCAAACGAUCAGCCUCAGAAUGAGGGGAGAGAGCCCACCGUAUUCUCAGGGAAAGCUGACGGGGCGUCUGCGUCUCAGGGGAAAGACACUGGGCCUAAAGAUGGCAGACCAGUGUGGGCAACAGGAUCAGGAAACAAGACCUCACUCUUACAGCGCUGGGAGAACCAAACAACUGCGACAACCGAGACAGGUGAGCUGAAAUCCACAGCAGACUCCCGAACCACAUUUCAAUCUACAGUUCCUCUCAAACCAAUCUCAAAAGUCUCAGGCACAGGAUUCGACUCAGAAGCAUCAGUCUCUUCUGUUUCCAUGAGGUCAGCAGACAGAGAGAAUAAAUGUCAGCAGAAAUCAGUGCCACCAUCAUCACCUUCAUCAUCAUCUCCUCUGCAGUCUGUCCGUGACACUGCCCAACCAUCCUGGAUGGAGCUGGCAAAGAGGAAAUCCCUGGCAUGGAGUGAUAAGACUAUGGACUAAAAAAGGGCAUUUUCAUGCUUCCAUUUUCUAAGUUGCAUCUAAGCAAUUGUAUUUGAGUCAGAGAUUUGCUCCAUGUGAGCUUCACUUUGAAGUUGAUGUUAAAGCAGUGUGUUCUGGAAGUGAACCACUAUUGCUUAUUAUAUUAUUGAAGGAAAGUUGCACAUUCAUCAGUCAGUAAACCUCCUUAUAGAGUUUGUCUUCUGAAACCUCACGAGAGCUGCUUACGUGCUCUCCAUGUGAAGUAUGAAUGUAUGCACAGGAGAUAAGUACCAACGAAACAAAAAGGAGAAGUUAAUAUUGUGAGCUUUAAAGUCAUGUUCUCUUGCAACUCUGGCUAGCAGCUGCUGGUAAUGUAUUUUGUAAAUGCACCACAGUGCAGCACAAUAGAAAACACUGGGAAAGUAGAUCAGAGGCGGAAGGGGAGGGAAACAAAUUCAGGUUCAGACUCAAUCAAAAGCACCCUGUGUGAGAUCUCAGGAACAGAAACAUAUGGUACCAUAUGUUUUACCCACUACCAUGUUAUGUUGCUCAAUGUUUCUCAGGUUUAACACAUUGUUUUCUUGUGAAAAUAAUACAUUUAAUUAUUUCCUUUCCAAUUACAAAUUUUAUUUAUUUUCAAUAAAUAAAUAUUUCCAAUAUUUCCAAUUCAAUUCCAUCCGAGAAUUUGACGUUGUAUCAUCUGUUAAUUUUCUGACACCUAUUAAGUUAAAGACUAUUAUAAUUUUAUGUUAAAUUAUGUGACUGUAAGAAUAUUUCAAAUUACUUUGAGAUUGCUUUUGAAAAUACCAACUUCCU